UAUUUUUAGGGCGUCUCGUAAAGAAUAUGGAGACAGUGCUGUUGGAUAUGUUGAGCUUAAACGAGAAGGUCCAUUCUGUACUGUGCAAUGCAAGAUUUGCCCGGAGCAUAGAAUCCGUUCUAAAAAUUAUGCUGUUUGUUUGAAAGUUGAUGAAGCCAACGAAACUAUUCUAAGCGUCGAGUGCAAAGACUGUGCAGCAGCUGCAGGUGGUUGUAAGCAUGCUCUUGCAUUUCUAAUGUGGAUGCAUCGCCGGACAGAAGAACCUUCACCAACAGAAGUUACUUCUUAUUGGAAAAAACCACGGCUAUCUGGUGUAGGAACGACACUGAAAUUCACAACAGCUAGGGACUUUUCCAAAAAAACUGUCAACCCUCCAGUUUGUGAUGUUCUUUCAUUUCGAAACGAGCUAACUAGUCUUGGAGAAAGUUCCAAGUUGACAGGUCAUCUGUUAAAAUAUACUUCUGAGACAUAUGAAGAGUCAUUUGAAAAACUGUCAUUAUAUAAGGUAAUGUUGCAAUUCAGAAGCAAGGGCGGUAUAGAGUGUGACGAUUUCAUAAAAUUUGCUGUGUCACAAAUGAGCAACUCUCUUUGUUCUGAAGCAGAAAAGAAGACGAGAGCUCAAUCGGAAAACCCCUUAUGGCAUGAGCUUCGAUUUGGACGAAUCACAGCUUCCAAAAUAUUUGAAGUUGCACAUUGCAAAACUCCAGAGGGCACUUUAGUAGAAUCGAUAAUAGGUUCUUACAAAGUGAGGGACAACAAAUUCAUGAAGAGGGGAAGACUAUUAGAAAAAAAAGUAUUAAAGUGUGCCGAACAAAAAGUAAAGUGUAAAUUUCAAGAGUGCGGUUUUUUUACAAUGCCUUUGUUGCCUGUCCUCGGAGCCUCACCGGAUGGUAUCUCAAAAGAUUACGUUGUGGAAAUUAAGUGUCCUAGCAGUGUAAAAAAUAAAAACACUUAUAUAAAAGACAAUAAUAUUACAGCUAAAUUUAAGGGACAACUCCAUUUGCAAAUGUUGUGUGCUAAUAAAAAAAAGGGUUGUUUUGUGUUGCAUCUCCAGAUUUUGAAGAAUCAAAUAAUGUAG